CUAAGGGUGGGAUUGGUAUGGACGGGAAAACUUGCUUGCUCAUUCUAUAUCAGCAGGAGUACAUGAGUCAGCGCUUGCUCUGUUACACCCAGAGUUGUUGCAACACACACUCUCACUCCCUCUAUCUCUCCCUCCCUCUCACAUACUCACAUACAGGCCAUAUGACUGAGUCAAGCUCAGUUUUUAGUUUGUAGCCGAGUUGCGAUAAGGCUUUCUGGGAAUCGUAGCCUGGUUGGACAACAUUCCAUUUAGAAUGUGUGCUCAGCAGCUGGGACUUUUUUUAAUAAUCUAAAACACUUGGAUAUAUAACGUCAUCUUUGUAAGAUGUCCCUGAUGGCCACAUCUGCCCCCCGGUCGUCUGUGUUUACAUUUGAAUCUACAGUACAUUCCUCCCAUGUGCUGCGCUGCUUGGACGAGCAGCGUCGCCGGGACACGUUAUGUGAUGUUACUGUGGUGGUGGAAGGUCAGAGUUUCAGAGCCCACCGCUCAGUGCUCGCUUCCUGUAGCGAGUACUUUACACACAGGAUCUCCUCCCUCACCCAGCAUGGGGCAGUCAUCACUCUGCCACCAGAGGUGACAGUUGCUGGUUUUGAACCCUUGCUGAAGUUUGCCUACACAUCCAAACUUCUCUUUGGGAAAGACUGUGUCUUAGAAAUACGUAACUCAGCUUCCAUUCUUGGUUUCAGAGACCUAGACGAGGCAUGCUUUGAUUUUCUCCUCCCUAAGUUCUUCUCCAGCAGCAAUGGCUCUGCUCCUGUUCCGAGAAAGACCUGUUGUAAGAAGAAAUGCAAGAGGCAAUUAUCAAAGGAAGACAGUGGCAUUGACUCUAACAAUGUAUUUUUGGAUAAGAAAGAAGUAAAACCUGUUGCUGACUCACCAUCUCAGCAGGAACCGGCUUGGCGCUGUCACAAAUCAGUGAACAGCAAAAUGGGAAGUCAGAACAGUACAAGUGCUCUUACACCUGUAGUUGAAGGAACAAACGACCAAUUUAUGCAGUGUCCUAAGUAUCGCAAGUUCCAGCUGGCUUGUGGGAAGGAAACUUGUGUCACAGAGAAAAGUCUCAACAAUCCAGUAACAGUAAUCAGGGAUGACAGUAACCUCUCCUGCUUGCCUUGCUCCAGCAGUGUGAACAGCAAGAAUGAAACUGACAUUACAUUCCCUGGAAAUUCAUUCUCAGAUUUCACCAGGCAGAGCAAAGGAGGGGCUGAUGAGCCAUGGGAAACUGAAAUACAUGACAAGAAAACAGAGAAUGGUGUGGACAGAGGGGAGGUUGAUAUGAUUGAGAAAGACACAAAUGAAAGGCAGAGAAGAUGGAAAAAGAAGGAAAGAGAGAUGGUUGUGGAGGAAGACAUGAGCUCUUCAGACAGAUCCAAUGUCAAGGCAGUCUCCUCACAGCCAAGCACCGUGCUGAGUGAGAGGUCAUCAGAGUUAAUAUUGCACCAAUGCCACCUGAAGAUCUUUGGUGAGGGCCCUGCAAUCACUCAGUCACCGGGGCACAAGAGGUUUAUCAUAGACAUUACAGAAGGCAAGAAAACAAGGGACUGCUGUUUACUAGCGCCAGUAUCCAUUCAUCGAACAGCAGAGGAACAAGUAGAAGCUGAGAGGAAAAGGGCAGAUGAUGAGAUUGUACAGACAAGCAGCGUGGAGAGAGCAGCCCUGUUCGUAAAUGAUGGCAGUGAAAGGAGCACUGUGGAAAGGGAGGUGGCCGAGCAUCUGGCUAAGCGGUUGGGGUCUGACAUGGGCUUGUCUCAGCUGAACUUCCAGGACCCUGAUGCAGGAACUUCCUCUGAUACAGGGAACGGACGUGCACAGAGCACAUCUUUAAAGUGGCUGCAGCUCCACAACCUCAGCUCCACAAGCACCAGCUGUCCCUUUUUCCAGGAUAUGGAUCAAAGCAAAUGUUUAUGGAAAGGAGCAGAGCUGUCUGAGUGCGAGGGGGCAUCUCAGUCCGGUGUGUCAUCCCUCAACUCAGGGGAGGAUGGAGACUCAGAGACAGAAACAGAAGGAGACAGUGAGACCUACACAAGAGAAAGGGCCAGACAGGUGCAGUUGCCAUUCUCUGUAGAUUGGAUUGUGGAUCUGAGCAGAAAUGACUUCCAACAGCUGCUAAAGCAACAGGUCUUUACGCAUGAACAGCUUGAGUUUGUCCACGAUAUGAGACGUCGCAGCAAAAACCGCCUCGCGGCCCAGCGUUGCCGGAAGAGGAAACUAGACUGCAUAUAUAAUCUGCAGUGUGAAAUCAACAAGCUGAAAAUGGAGAGAGAGAAACUGAUGACGGAGAAGAACCAUCUGAACCAGCUGAAGUUGAAAACAUGUCACAGUGUCUCUGCAUUAUGCCAGAGGGUCUGCAACGAAGUCAACCUGCAGCCAGAACAGCUCCAGGUGUUAGCCAAAUACACCUCUGCAGACUGCCCUCUGUCCUCCUUCUUUCCUCACAUAGACACACUCCUUUCACAGCCUGGGUUGACACUCCAGCCACAGGCUUUACUCUCGGCCUGUUUUGUGGGCCUUGAUAAGUAUGUGGCAUCUGAGGAGGCCUCGUCCAGCUCCAGAAGGGAUUCAGUCACAGGAGAUGGUGAAAAUUCGCUUUAGAUACCCAUUCAGCACACAUACAUGCAGCACAUGAUCUCAAACUAGUUAUUAAAUGGUUCCCACACUGUAUCAUACAGUAUCUGAAGACAUUACCCCGGACUAUGGACUGGGUACAGGCUGCAUAAUAAAGCAGCGUCAUACUCGUGAUCCAUUUAUAAUGUAAUGUAAUCAGCACACAUUUUAAUUGAUUCCUGCUACCUUUUCAAUUUAAAACAUUAAACUUCAAUUGAGAGGUCAGGUAUGCAUUCCAGGUGUCUAAAACCAUUCAUUUUACUUUUACACAAAGUAUAAGUCUCUGAUGACCUUCUGUAGCGAAUGUUUCACGCUUUGCAAAUUAAUUAUUAGUCUUUGCUUUCUGGUUAAAGCUGAAAGGUACCUGCUCAUAAAUCACCACAGCCAGCCAGGGUGCAUGUUGAGAAUGUUAAAAUGUUAGCACUGAGACAAUCAAAACUUAAAUCAUAUAUCAAAGGGACCAAUUGUCUCUAUAUUUAUAAUAUGCUUAACUGAUUGAUUACCUCAGGACAACACACCUCAUCCUCAUGUACUUUAAUUGUUUAAAAGGACAAUUCAGCAUAAAAUACCUCUUGCAGACAGUGUUGGUUCUGCCCUCUUUAUGCAGAGUGCAACGCAAAUCAGCAUUUUGCACCAAAACCAGACAACUCAGAACAAUAGACUUGAUGUUUACCUUCUGGUCAUAUGUCUAGCUAUCAUAUUUCAGGCUGUCAUUGUGGUUGUCUGACCACAGUGACAGGGCUCUACGACUUUGCACACAGCUCUCAGAGCUUUGCUUUGACUCACCAAACAGACCUCACAAAUUUGCCUAAAUAAGUAAAACAUGCUGUCAAAAGAAAGUGCUCCUUGGAAGAGCUUUCAUGCAUGAACAAAGUACACUUUCAGGAGAAAAUCUGCCUCACACUGUGUAAUGAAAAUCAUUCCCAUUAUUUGUCACACAUUAUGUUUCUGUUCUGUACUGUGGCAGGUAAUGGACUCUUCUAAUAUAUUAAAAUGAAAAACAAAGACAACCUUUCGACCCUGCUGGGUCUUCUUCAGGGCCUGCAGAAGACCCAGCAGGGUCGAAACGUUGCCUUUGUAUUAAAUAUGGGAGCUUAAAGCAGUGUUGCGGACAUUAAAUUUUUUUCACUUUAGUAUUUUUCAUUUGUCCUGCACCUGCCAGAAGGUGGGAUGUGCACACGAUUACUUUUAUAAUCUUCUAAUAUAUGUCAUGGAAAUAUAGUGUUACCCAUAAAUUAAUUAUCUUUAACACCCUUAUCUAAAUUACUGUCAAUGGUCAAGUAAACAAAGUAGCAUUAACUUGUUGAUGGGUGCCGGACUAGCACGUUUAUGUGUGUAUUUUGUGUUUCCUGUACUAUCAACCACACAAUUAUUGUUAUUUGUUUUUUGCCAUUCAUUACUCCAUUUUCUGUAGCUUUUCUGUUGACUUUCACCUAUGAUCCUUCACUUAUUUUCUCUCUGCUUAUAGAUCUUUGACACUCAUGAUUAAGUUUCACUGUAUUACAUGUGCAUAUAUUUAUGGAUUCCUUUUCACUCAUGAUAAUCAUUACAGUGCACCUGGUUUUAGAACAUUUGUGUAAAAUAUGAAAUAAUACAGUAAAUACAAAACAAAUCAGGUAGCCUAUACAUUUAUUAUAAGGAAAUGUUGAGUAACCACAUUGUAUUUUUGAGGACAGUGGGGUUUAAGGGUGUUAUGAAAUGUGUUUUUUUCACCCACCAAGCUGACUCCAAACACUGGUGCUUAUUGCCCUCUAGUGGCAGUGCCUGUACAGUCAGUACACUGAGAGUGUAUACUGUAUACUGUAGAUGUGUACUACAGUAGCCUAUAUGCUGCACAAAUUGCUCUACUACUGUGUUCCUUUGUUUUUAAUCCACAAAAUGACAACUUUCCAUGACAAUGUCUGAAUGGAUUCCUGCAUUUUUAAGUAAAAGUGAAACUGAACCAAUCAAUAUUAAACAGUAAAAUAUGUUUGUUAUCAUCCUCCACUUGUGAAGAUGAUUGCUAGUGCAAUGCAGUGUUAUUGAAAAACAUCAGUAAGGUUAAUGAGAUUUGUCAUAAAUAAAAUCUGUCAGUGUUCAGUGUGAGCGAUGAAUAGCUGAGUGCAUAAGGUCUUCAGAGGACUCAUCUUUCAACCUGGACAGAUAUAUUAAUGAUGUAAUACUGCACUUAGUCUUACAUGUUUCUCCCUCCUGAAUCUCAGUCACUCUCUCCCACUUAGUCUCCUCUCUGUUACUUUUAAGUUUCGCUUUCUUUUUGCUCUUUCUUCACUCCUCCUCUCUCCCUCUGACUCUCUCUCUGGAGGCUAUUUUAAUUAUACAGAGACUGUUAUUUCAUCUCUCAAUUUUCUUUUAUGUGAGCAAACAUUACAUACUAGUCCCCAGAUGAUUACGUAACUAUACUAAGAUCUGUAAAUCACAGUAUUGUUGGUCAUUCUCUCUGGCUAUUUAUGAACUUAUAAUGAAGAGAGAAUUGAAGGAAGACCCAUGGGGGCAAAGGUAAAGCAGGUUAAGUCAUUCUGGUUCAGUGUUUAUCUUUGUGGUUUUUCUGUAGAAAUUAGACAGCUUGGAAAACUAUAUGAAUCAUUAAUAUGUUAGGCCAUACAAGUUCAGUUAGCAUCAUUUUAAAAUAAAGGUGAGCUUAACAAAUGAAUACUAAUAGAAAUUAAAAAGGGUGGGUUGUUUCCAAUCAAUCAGCAUCUACAACUAAAUUGCCCUAAAAUGAAUAACAGGCCUGCGGUGUCACUAAUGUGACAACAGAUGGCACCACAUGAGCAAUUUCUGAUGGUGAAGACACUGGAUCAGAUCAGAUCAUAUCUUGUCUAUCAUCUUGAGUUCUUGUCGCUGGAUUACGUAACUUGUCAAACGACUCUGUUGGCCAUGUGAUUAAGCUGGUUGAAUGUGUUCUGAUCUAAUAGAGAGUUAGUUAUAAUAUGUUUGAAUUCUGUCUGGAAAAUAUUUCAAAGCUAGACGAAUGUGACCUGUUUAAUGUGUUUGCUUCUGUUUACCUGCACCUUUGAUGGGCUGGCUGUAACCUUUUGUUGCUGCAAGCUUUAAGUAUUGCUUUUCUCCCAUCUCAUUUUCUUCUCUUGCUACCUGCUUCACCACGUCUCUCUCUCUCUGUCUCUUGUGUUCUCUGAGCGAGUAUGUGGGUGUUUUUCUGUAGGUGGUUCUCUGGCAGAGCUAAGCACUAAAGAGAACACAAUAUGUUGGGCUCGUAAUCUAAGUAAUGAAUAGUUAGAUUUGUGCCAGCUGUUGUCAUAGGAAGAGUUAACAGACCAAAACUUGGAGAAUAUUGUUUCAAGUGUUUGGUUUUUAAUUACAUCUUUUGAAAUGUAAUUAAAAUCCUAAAACAAUGA